AUGUCUGAAUUAUCGGCCAGGAAGUGGUACCAUUGGUACGCACCAACCGACACGCCUGAAGAAAAGAAGCUCAUCUUGAAGCUCGACCUUCUACUCGUACCUUACGCAUUCGUUCUCUACUGGGUCAAAUAUGUCGACCAGACCAAUAUCAAUAAUGCCUACGUCUCUGGCAUGGCAGAAGAUCUAGGCUUUCACGGCAACGAAUUAGUCCAGUUCCAGACGAUAUUCGUCGUUGGAAACGUCGUCGGUCUUUUACCGUUCAUUUAUCUCUUCCCUCGUGUUCCAAUGCACAUUCUAGUACCCAGUCUUGACCUCGGAUGGGGCAUCUUCACCCUCCUUCAGUACCGCGCCACGAGUUACGCAGAGAUAAUGGCUUAUCGUUUCUUGGUCUCUAUGUUUGAAGCAUCGUACUUUCCUGGCGUUCACUUCGUACUCGGAAGCUGGUACAGGUCAGAUGAGAUUGGCAGAAGAGGCGGUUUGUUUUAUAUCGGCCUCACCCUUGGGACGAUGACUGCUGGUCUUCUCCAAGGAGCUGCGACGCAAUACCUCGAUGGUCACAAUGGCCUCGCUGGUUGGAGAUGGAACUUCAUCAUCAACGCAAUCAUUACCAUACCGCUUGCCUUCGUGGGCUACUUUCUCUGGCCUGGGACACCGGACAAGCCCAAUCGCUUGGUCAUGAAAAAGUCUGAGAUCGCCCUCGCAAAAGAACGCCUGGAACGCAAUGGGUCCAAAGUUCGAAGCACACCCUUUUCGCUGGCUUUGCUCCGCCGCAUCUUCACGAGUUGGCAGUUCUACAUCCUCGUAUUCUGGGACAUUCUGUUCUUCAACACCAGUGCCAACUCAGCUGCUUUCCUCCUUUGGAUCAAGAGCUUGGAUCGUUACAGCACUACCAAAGUGAACCAGCUUGGAUCAAUCAGUCCUGCUCUAGGCAUCUUCUUUGUCCUGUUCAUCAACUUCAGCGCCGAUUUAUGGAUCGGAAGGCCUGCAGCGAUCACACUGGCUUCCGUAAUCAACUUCACUGGGCUUGUCAUUCUGGCAACAUGGAACGUUCCCGAAGCAGCAAAGUGGUAUGCCUACAGUGUGGGCUACUCGGCCGUUGCAGUAUCGUCGGUUCUAUAUGGCUGGGCCAAUACCAUUCUUCGACAUAACAACGAAGAGCGAGCCUUGACGCUCAUUCUGAUGACGGCUAUAGCUACGUCAACUCAAGCUUGGAUACCGCUUCUUGUGUACCCUACUGUCGAGGCACCUCGCUUCCCGAAGGGUUACGUGUACUCAGCGGUCAUAGUUGUUCUUCUAGUGGCUAUGACUCAGGUCAUUCGUAUUGUUUAUGGUAGUCAUGGGGAAAAGGCACUCGCCCGUCGAGGUAGUCUGAGUGAAACGAGUGAGGAUGGCGAGAUUCAAACACCUCAUGGGCUGAGCAUUGACAAAGAUGCUGGGAAGCAUAUACAACCUUCCACAGUGGCUGUUUAG